AAACCGAAACCCUACAAGGGGACUGAAGACGCGCCAGUCGAUGGAAUGGACGGAAAGCCUCACGCAGGACCUUUCGUAGACACAACACCAGACGAUCCAAAGGAGAAGAAGUCAAAAGGUGAUGCGGAGAAGAAGCCCGCGAAACCUGCGGCAUUGGAGAAAUUCGGCGACGAGAAGAUACCGGAGAAGAAUGAUGGAGUGAUGAACGACGAGAACCGGCCGAUACCGAAGAAGGGAACGACAGGGACAGAAGGCGGCAUCACAGAAAAGGGCAAGGCGAAGAAGGAGGCGGAGGUGAAGCCGCAAUCACCGAAAGAGGCGCCCGCGGAUGAUGAUGCACACGAAUGGGUGGCAGGCAAGGCGAAGAAGAGCACGGAAAAGGAUGCGAGAGAUACGACAACGGGUGAGAAGACGAGCAGUUAUGGCGAGGCAGGUCAUGGCAUGGAGAAGCCGAAGGAUCUGCCAGAGAAACCUCACAACAUCCCACAUCCGGAUCCCAAGAUCGCCAGCAGCACAAAAACUGAUCCGAAAUUGUCGACCUCCAACCCAUCGACCCCUCAGACACCCGCAACCAAUUACCUUCCCGAUCAAAACCAAGAUUGGACCGAAUGGUUUCACUCCUUCUUCCUUAGCUUCACCAUGAUCAUCUUCUCCGAAAUCGGCGACAAGACCUUUCUCGUCGCAGCUCUCAUGGCAAUGCGACACUCCCGACUUCUCGUCUUCUCCGCCGCUCUGACCGCUCUAAUCGCCAUGACCGUCCUCUCCGCCGUGCUCGGACACGCAUUCCCUUCCCUCCUGCCGAAGCGCCUCACCACCUUCGCCGCAGCAAUCCUCUUCCUCGUCUUCGGCGCCAAGAGCUUGAAAGAAGGACUAGCAAUGGACCCAGAUGAAGGCCUUGGCGAAGAAAUGCGCGAGGUGGAACAAGAGCUGGAAGAAAAGGAACACUCGAUGCGUCACUCCCGGUCUACCAACAACCACAAAUCCGACGCCUACACCCUCGAAUCCGCCCGCGGCACACUCUCUCCUCCUCUCUCCCGCUCUCCAUCUCCAUCUGGCGGCAGGACCAAGUCCAGCGGCGGGGCAGCGGGUCUGACGAAUUUAUUGAGUCUGGUGCUCAGCCCGGCGUGGGUUCAGACUUUCAUCAUGACUUUCUUGGGAGAAUGGGGAGAUCGCAGUCAGAUUGCGACGAUUGCUAUGGCGGCUGGGCAGGAUUAUUGGUUGGUUACGUUGGGUGCGAUUUGGGGGCAUGCGUGUUGUACGGGAUUGGCGGUUGUGGGAGGACGGGCGUUGGCGGGAAGGGUUAGUUUGAGGGUUGUGACGAUCGGAGGCGCCGUCGCCUUUUUGGCUUUCGGACUGAUUUAUUUGUAUGAGUGUCUG